CGCCGGGGGGACGCGGGCGGGCGGCGCCGGCGGGACCGCGCCCGUCGCAAGAUGGCGGCGGCCAUGCUAGGCCCUGGGGCCGUGUGUGCGCAGCGGGCGGCGGCGGCGCAGCCUGGGCGGCAGGCGCGGCGGCGGUGCUAGCCCGGCCCUCGGCCCCUCGUCACGGUCGCUACCUCCGCCUCUCCCCGCCUUGCCGAUAUGGAUCUGCCCGUGGGCCCCGGCGCGGCGGGGCCCAGCAACGUCCCGGCCUUCCUGACCAAGCUGUGGACCCUCGUGAGCGACCCGGACACCGACGCGCUUAUCUGCUGGAGCCCGAGUGGGAACAGCUUUCACGUGUUCGACCAGGGCCAGUUUGCCAAGGAGGUGCUGCCCAAGUACUUCAAGCACAACAACAUGGCCAGCUUCGUGCGGCAGCUCAACAUGUAUGGCUUCCGGAAGGUGGUCCACAUUGAGCAGGGCGGUCUGGUCAAACCAGAGAGGGAUGACACUGAGUUCCAGCACCCGUGCUUCCUGCGCGGCCAGGAGCAGCUCCUUGAGAACAUCAAGAGGAAAGUGACCAGUGUGUCCACCCUGAAGAAUGAUGACAUAAAGAUUCGCCAGGACAGUGUCACCAAGCUGCUGACUGAUGUACAGCUGAUGAAGGGGAAGCAGGAGAGCAUGGACUCCAAACUCCUGGCCAUGAAGCACGAGAACGAGGCCCUGUGGCGGGAGGUGGCCAGCCUGCGGCAGAAGCACGCCCAGCAGCAGAAAGUCGUCAACAAGCUCAUCCAGUUCCUCAUCUCGCUGGUGCAGUCGAACCGGAUCCUGGGGGUGAAGAGAAAGAUCCCUCUGAUGUUGAACGACAGCAGCUCGGCACAUUCCAUGCCCAAGUACGGCAGGCAGUACUCCCUGGAGCACAUCCAUGGCUCAGGCCCCUACUCGGCUCCAUCCCCAGCCUACAGCGGCUCCAGCCUCUACUCCCCAGAUGCUGUUGCAAGCUCCGGACCCAUCAUCUCCGACAUCACUGAGCUGGCUCCCAGCAGCCCCUUGGCCUCCCCAGGCGGGAGCAUAGAUGAGAGACCCCUGUCCAUCAGCCCCCUGGUGCGAGUCAAGGAGGAGCCCCCAAGCCCUUCCCGGAGCCCCCGGGUGGAGGAGGCCAGUCCCGGGCAACCGCCCUCUGUUGUGGAGACCCCCUUGUCCCCAACCACCCUCAUCGACUCCAUCCUGCGGGAGAGCGAGCCUGCCCCUGCCGCCUCGGCCACGCCCCUCACAGAAGUGGGAACCUGCCCCCCCUCGCCCCCACCUGCCUCGGCCCCCGAGAAGUGCCUCAGCGUUGCCUGUCUGGACAAUUUGGCUCGCACUCCACAGAUGUCUGGGGUCGCCCGCCUCUUCCCCUGCCCCUCAUCCUCUCUACAUGGCCGAGUCCAGCCAGGGACCGAGCUCAGUGACCACUUGGACGCCAUGGACUCCAACCUGGACAACCUGCAGACCAUGCUUACAAACCACGGCUUCAGCGUGGACACCAGCGCCCUGCUGGAUCUUUUCAGCCCCUCGGUGACUGUGCCCGACAUGAGCCUGCCUGACCUUGACAGCAGCCUGGCCAGCCAGAUCCAGGAGCUCCUCUCUCCCCAGGAACCCCCCAGGCCUCUUGAGGCAGAGAGCAACAGCCCCGACUCAGGGAAGCAGCUGGUGCACUACACGGCGCAGCCCCUCUUCCUGGUGGACCCGGGCUCUGUGGACGUGGGCAACAGCGACAUGCCGGUGCUCUUCGAGCUGGGGGAGGGCUCCUACUUCUCCGAGGGGGAUGACUACGCAGACGACCCCACCAUCUCUCUGCUGACGGGCUCUGAGCCCCCAAAAGCCAAGGACCCCACUGUCUCCUAGAAGCCCCAGGAGGAGGGCCGCCCCGAGCCCUCCUCCCACUCCUGGUGCAGGGCUGGUCUUGGGGAGCCUGGCACCUGGGGCCAGCUGGGGGCUGGGUGUGGCCCCAAGUGCCAGGCUAGCUUGGGGCUUCCCCCCUUACUUGGACUGACCAGUAUUGCAGGUGUUCAUAGUCAGAAUUGUAUUUUGGAUUUUUACACGAGAGUCCCCCUUUCCCCUUCCGUAGAGAUAUACAGAUAAAUACACAGACAGACGGACGGACAAGACAGGCAGAGAUCUAUAAAGGACAGGCUCUA